AUGUCGACCCAAAAGCCUUCAGCUCGAAUCAUUGAACUCGCAAAUGCAAUCAGUGCAUCCACAGCCAAGAUUCACGAAUCACUGGCUGCCAAGGAGAUCGCGCCACCCAGUUUCGACGAAGAUGCUUCUUACUCUGUGCCCCAAGAACUCUCAGCGGACUAUGAUGUGGUGCUCGAUGCCACGGCAGAGCUCCAUGACUUGCUGCUUGAACCGUUGAAUCUCAUUCACAGACAUUGCGGGCAUAAUAACCCGGUGUGUAUGUUGGCUAUUACGACGUUCAAAAUAGCGUCAAUGGUGCCAAGAAACGGCAAAAUAUCGUUUGGAGACAUCGCCAAGCAGACACCAAUGACUGAAGACAUGACCACUCGCCUCCUGAGGCACGCCAUGACGAUGCGAAUCUUCCGGGAGCCUGAACCAGGAAUGGUCGCUCAUACAGCCGCGUCCAAGAUGGUGGAAGCCUUGACGAAGUGGCCAGGAUCCCAGGAGCCCAACGAGACUGGCUAUGCAUUGUCUAACAACUCCAAAACUCUCUAUGAAGUGUUCGGCAAAGAUCCAGAGCGGGCUGGACGCUGGGGAAGUGGCAUGCAAGUUUUUGUCCAACGCCCACAAUUCGAUUCUCAGUACACCACCAAUCACUACGACUGGGCAUCACUGGGAGAAGCCCAAGUGGUAUUCUUCGGGGGUGGCUUUGAGCAUGUUGCCUUGGCUCUGGCGAGGCAGUUUGGAAAUCUAAGUGUCGUUAUUCAGACCCUGCCCCAGGUAGUUGAGGCCAUGCCAGUCCCAGAGGAGCUAAAAGCAAGAGUCCAACUCAUGGCGCACGACCUGUUCAGCCCACAACCUGUCAAAGGUGCUGACAUCUACUUUCUCCGCUGGUGCCUUCACAAUUGGUCCAACAAACACUGCAUCCGUAUGUUGCAGGCGCUGGUACCUGCGCUAAAGCACGGGGCGAGAGUGAUCAUCCAGGAGACCAUCAUGCCAGAGCCGGGCCAAGCGCCAUUGUGGAAGGAGAAGAAUACAAGGGCCACCGACAUUAAUAUGGCUGCCGCGUUCAAUGGCCAGGAGAGAACAACGGCCGAGAUUGAAUCGCUACUCAAGGAAGCAGAUGGCAGGUUCCAUCUUGAGGCGAUCAUUGAGCCAUCUGGGUCGGCUCUUGGUAUGCUGGACUUCGUAUGGCUGGACAAAGCAGGCGAGUAG